GCUGAUGUUGCAAAAGGAGUAACAAUGUUAACCAAGCAGAGGACGCAAGUGCUGGAAGAGGUGGAAAAACUUUUGUUGGUGUGGUUGAAUGAGAAACAGCUGGCAGGUGCCUUCUUCUGAUGGACAAUGCCCCGGCACACCCUCCAGCCUUGGUGGAUGAUAUGGAUGCUGAGUAUGACUUCAUCAAGGUAAAGUUCCUCCCCCCCAACACAACACCACUUCUGCAGCCCAUGGACCAGCAAGUCAUCUGCAACUUCAAGAAGCUGUACACAAAGGCGCUCUUCACUAGGUGUUUUAAUGUCACUGAAGAGACGUCCUUGACUUUGAAAGACUUCUGGAAGAAACAUUUCAAUGUUGUCCACUGCAUUAACCUCAUUGACAAAGCCUGGGAAGAGGUCACUCCCCGAACCCUAAAUUCAGCCUGGAGGAAACUGUGGCCAGAAUGUGUCGCUGAACGUGAACAUGACUUUGAAGGGUCUGAUGCAGAGGUAGUGGAGGAAAUUGUGUCCAUGGGCAAGAGUAUGGGUCUGGACGUUGAUGGUGCUGAUGUGGAAGAGCUUGUUGAGGAACAUAGGGAGGAGCUGACCACGGAAGAACUUUCUGAACUCCACAGUGAGCAGCAGAAGGCACUUCUUGAGGAGCAUUCCACUGAGGAAGAGGAAGAAAGGGAGGAGGUUAGCAGUGAUGCCAUAAAAUCCAUUAUGCAAAAAUGGAAUGAGUGCCAUGAUUUUUUUGAAAAGCACCACCCCAACAUAACUGUCGUGAACAGAGUGCUAAAUCUCAUGAAUGAUAAUGUGGUCUCUCAUUUCCGGAGGGUUAUGCAGCACAGGAAGAGACAAGUGACAUUGGACAGAUUUUUCAGAAAAACUGAGCCUGCAGCUAGGAGACAAAGGAGAGAGGAAACCCCUGAAGGAGAUCCCCCUGAUGUCCUUAUGGAGGGGGACUCUCCCUCCAAACAAUAACUGCCUCCCACCUGCC